UGUGUUUGGAGAUGUUCUCCAGAGUGAGUGGAAUUUCGGGUUUGACCAGAUUGCCCAGUCGGGUAAACUCAACGGUACCCGCCUUCUGUAGACAUCAGCAUCGGACCCUCAGCUCUGAGGCUGCAGGCGUCAAGGUGCUGUAUGAUGGGCUUUGUCCCAUAUGUGUGACGGAAAUCAAGUUCCUCCAGUUUCUGCAGAGGAACCGACCUGGGAAAGUAGAUUUUAUUGAUAUCGCCCUGCCAGGCUAUGAUGGAAAGAAAUACAAGGAUGUCAGCUACGAGAUGGCCAUGGAGGAAAUGCAUGUGAUUGAUGACCGAGGCGAGGUUCACCGUGGGGUCCCAGCGUUUGCAGUCAUGUACAGCGCAGUGGGCCUCGGCUGGUUGGGUCGCCUUAUGAUGUGGUCACCUCUGAGACCGUACAUGGACAAGUCCUAUGCCAUCUUUGCCAGGAAUCGCUUAAAGUGGACCGGACGUGGGGAUGAGUGCACCUCAGGACGCUGUGAAAAGAAAACACAAUGACUCUUUCCACAGAGAAAAUAAAGUAUGUUUAAUAAGUUAAUUUACUGUCAAGAACUGGAUUACUAGCACAUGAUUUGUCCAGUUUAAGCAUCAGUUUAUCAUGAACCUGUCAGGUUUAAAGACUGUUCUUAGCUAAAGGGAAACACUGUCUGCCUUAAUAAAUGUGUAUAUUUUGAAGCCAAAUUUUGAUGCAGAUUUUCUUCUAAGACUAGGUUUGGUUUAACACACGUCAGUGAAAUUGGUGAAAAGAAAGAAAACAUCCACUAAGAUUGAUCCAGAAAUGCAAAUAGAGAUAUUGAUAUUGUAAGAUGAAAGCAAAACAAGGUUUUCAGUGUAUUGAACUUGGCCUGAAUAUUAAAUAUUGAUGCAUGUUUAGCAUUUAGCAUCCAAAGAAAUACAACCAACAAGUACAGGCAAUUUAAAAAACAUUUAAAAACAGCUAAUAACACAAAUUUCUCAGGAAUUUCUUUUAUAUUUGCAUCAAUAACUCACGCUGAGAUUCUCAUCAUCUGGAGCUCUGAGCUUUGUAACUCCUAACCAUAACAAACAACGGUGCAGAGAGGAAACUUUACAGCAAAAGACAGAGAGUAAUGGUGUGCUGUAUACAAGGCUGUCACACUAUGACAAAUAUACAGAACAGAGAAAAUCACUGAAGCAAAAUGCAGCCAAUUUCCUGUCGCACACAGCGUCUCAGAUUGAGGUUCAUUCAAAAGGAGAUAGACAACCAAACUGUCAGGGAGCUGCCACUAGAUGUCACCGUAAGUCUAGAAUAAUAUCAGCCAUGAGUGCAAAAUUGCUCCUCAGGGCUUGUGUUGUGUUGCAGUCAUGAUUAUUUGCUAGAUCAUGAUUAAAGUUGCCUUGUAGCAGAUAUAAACAGAAAUGAUGGGUGACAUCAAUAUCUAGUGUUUCUCACAAUAAAGGGAACUUGAAAAACCAA